AUGAGCCGUCUGAACCGUUGUCAAGAAAAUAAUCACAUCAAAUGUCUGACAUUGCAGGUUGGAAAACGAAAACGUAAGUCGAAGGGAAGUGCGAAAACGCAAGAUGUUGAAAUGGCCCAGGCAGAUGAUGGCACCAAAGAAAGCACAAAAAUCACCGAAGAUGAUGGUCAAGAUGUACCGACGCGUGAGAAGCGAGUCCGGGGCACGAAGGCUGAAAUCAGGAAGAUUCCGGUUCCACCACACCGAUACAGUCCAUUGAAAGACAAUUGGGUGAAAAUAUUCACGCCGAUUGUCAAGCAACUUCAUUUGCAAAUUCGGUUCAACUUGAAAUCACGAAAUGUUGAGAUCCGUAAUUCGACUGAUUCGGAUGACUUAACUAAUUUGCAAAAGGCUGCUGACUUUGUUCGGGCGUUUGUGAUGGGUUUUGAUGUGGACGAUGCAUUGGCUUUGAUACGGUUGGAUCAUUUGUUCCUGGAAAGUUUCGAAAUUAACGAUGUGAAACCGUUGAAAGGUGACCAUUUAUCGAGGGCAAUCGGUCGUAUCGCAGGCAAAGAUGGUCGAACAAAAUUCACGAUUGAGAAUAUCACAAAGGUAUCGAAUGAGACACGGUGGAAGAAGUUUGAAUACGUCCCUUUUUUAGUGAACUUCCUUUUAUUGCCAUUGUUUGUUGUAAUGUUGGUUUCGCUUUUGGGAACAUGA